AUGUUCUCCGGGCAGCCCCCCGGCGCCCCGCCCCCGCCGCCGGGCCUGCCGGGCCAGGCCUCGCUUCUUCAGGCCGCGCCGGGGGCUCCGAGGUCUUCUCCGAGUACCCUGGUGGACGAGCUGGAGUCGUCUUUCGAGGCUUGCUUUGCUUCUCUGGUGAGUCAGGACUACGUCAAUGGCACGGAUCAGGAGGAAAUUCGGACUGGUGUUGACCAGUGUAUCCAGAAAUUUCUGGAUAUUGCAAGACAAACAGAAUGCUUUUUUCUACAAAAAAGAUUGCAGUUAUCUGUCCAGAAGCCCGAGCAGGUUAUCAAAGAGGACGUGUCGGAGCUGCGGAACGAGCUGCAGCGGAAAGACGCGCUGGUGCAGAAGCACCUGACCAAGCUGCGGCACUGGCAGCAGGUGCUGGAGGACAUCAACGGGCAGCACAAGAAGCCCGCCGACCUCCCGCAGGGCUCCCUGGCCUACCUCGAGCAGGCGUCCACCAACAUCCCCGCGCCCAUGAAGCAGAACUGA